AUGACUUGUUAUUUCUGUUGCUACAUCGUAAGAAUCAGACGUCAACGCCGGCGCGAGACUCCCCCGGGGCCUCCCCAGUUUCCCCCGGCUGCUGCAAAAAGUCACGAAGUUGACGCGGAAGCCCCGGGACGGCUCCGUCUUCCCUUAAGCAGGCUUUCGAGGGAAACGCCCCCCUCCUUUCGCCUCCCCGAGGAACCAGAGAAGGGCAGACUCGCCUCCCGCGUCCCUCGCCAGCCAGCCAGCCCAGGGAAACAGCUGCUCCCCCCCCCCCUCCCCGGAGCUGACAUUCCCUCCCCGACGGCUGCUGCGAUCCCUUUGCCGUCUCCCCAGCCAAAGCGUGGGAAAGCUCGACGGAAAGCGCCUCCAGCUCUUCUCUUGAAUUGCACUCAACUUUCCAAAUACAUAUUGUGGAAAUGGGGUUCUCAGCAGCACCUUUUCAGCAUUGGUGGAAGCACUUGCCUAGGAAUCAACAUCACUAAUGAAAAACAGCAAUUGAGCAUAAGGAAAGUGUUGGUUGGUACUUCACACUACAAAUUAGCACUGGAACAUGGGAAAUUAUUGCGGCCAAAAAGAAAAUCCACCUACAGCUGGAAACAGUUUAUGUCAUAUGAUGAAGAUGUUUGUGAACAAGCAUUUGAAGAAACAUAUACCCUGCUGGGAAAAUCUCUUGGUUUGCCUUGUGUUUUUCCAUUUAAGUACAACAACAAAUGGCACCAUGAGUGUAUCAGAGAUUCCAGAGGGUGGCUAAUCCAUCCCUCGUGUGCCACAACAAGUCAGUAUGAGCGAGAUGAGAAAUGGGGGUUUUGCCCAAGUUCUAAAACCGGCUAUGACAUUUUUUGGAAGAAGAACCCUAACGCUCAAAUUUCAUUUAACUCAGAAGGGCAGCAUGACUGGCAAAGCUACUCCUGUGAAUCUGGAUUAGCAUAUGUAUGCAAAAAAUAUUUAAGUGCUACCAAACACUAAGCAUUUGGUGACACAUUCGAUUCGUGGAAACUUCACACUAAUGACUAUGACUCUAAUUGGUAUCCGGACAACUGGUAUUGCUAUAAACUUCAUAAAGAAGAAAAGAACUGGAAUCAAGCUUUACUCUCCUGCCAGGAAGAUAAUAGCACACUAAUUAGCAUAAAAUCUUUGGCUGACACAGAGAUACUCAUUAACCUUCUAGAAUAUGAAAAUACAACAGAAACUUGGAUUGGAUUGAGUAGUACUAAAACUCCAGUUGAGUUUCAGUGGUCUGAUGGAUCCUUGGUGACAUUCACUAACUGGCACAGAGGAGAACUGAAUGUCCACUGGAAGAAAAGCCAAUGUGUUUCCUCUCAAAACCUAGAAAGGCACAGUGGGUAUUAUUGGAGUAUCAAUAAAAACCCUCAACGCUUUGAACACUCAUCCAGUUGCCCAUCACUUGCAGCAAUACAAAGCAGGUUUGAACAAAGUUUUCUCAACAGCAUGAUUCAUGGCUCCAUGGAAACGAGUUAUGCUUAUUGCUGGAUAGCCCCACAAGAUCUGAACAAUACAGGAUAUACUUGGCUAACUGAAGGUGGAAAGCUUGGUCUUAUGCCCUAUGUGAACUGGAACAACCUGCAAGAGUAUGAGCCUUUUAAUACCUAUGUUGCUGAAUGGAAAUCAGACUGCAGUCUGUUCAGUUGCUACAAGAUAUUUCACAGCGGAAAAGCAUUGAGGAAAAUAUCUUGGGAUGAAGCGGAAGCAUCGUGUCAAGAUUUUGGAGCCCAUCUUGCCAGUUUUAAAAAUGCCCCUGCCUCUGUUUUUAAAAAAAUAAGAAUAGAAUUGUGUUUCUGGAAUUUCACAAACUGUACUAUUUCUCUGCCUUGCAUGUGCAAACAGAUAACAACUAUUGACAGAGAAAUUCCAAAAGAAGAGAAACAUAAUGGAAUAUGGACAACCCAGCCACUAGCAAAAUGCUUUUGGAAUGGGCUCACGCCCAGCAAGGGGGCCUUCCAGCCUGCUAUCAUGCGCCAGUCCCCAGCUCUGAAGAUCAAGAAGUCGCACUGCCGCCAUGAGCUGUCCACUUUUGUAACAGUGAACCUAAAUGGACAUAAAUCAAAUAUCUGGAUUGGCCUAAGUAGCAAUGAUUUUUUAAACUGGAUUAAUGGACAAAAAGUGAACUAUUCCAACUGGUCUCCAAUAGAAGUUUGUCUUAUUUUCGUCUUGGUGCUACAAAUGAUUGCUGUUAGUGUCAUAGCUGUACGUAUGUGGUGCUUGAAGAGUCCUGCAGCGCAGAGCGACAGCCUGGAGCCAGCCCUUGUGCCUCUCAUCAGUUUCCAGUGA